GGGCCGGCCUCGGGCUCCUUCCUCCCUCCGCAUGUGGCUGGCGGGCGCCGCGCAGUCCGGCCCGCGCGCUCUCGGUGGCCGCGCCCGCUUCCGCCUCAGCUCGGCACACCGGGGCCAUGUCGCUCGCCAGCCCCAGCCCCAGCCCCGCGGCGCCCUUCCUGCCGAACGGCGACUGCGGCCGCCCGGCGGCGCGGCGCGCGGGCAACCGGGUGACGGUGGUGCUCGGCGCGCAGUGGGGCGACGAGGGCAAGGGGAAGGUGGUGGACCUGCUGGCGCAGGACGCCGACAUCGUGUGCCGCUGCCAGGGAGGAAAUAAUGCCGGCCAUACAGUUGUUGUAGAUUCUGUAGAAUAUGACUUCCAUCUUUUACCCAGUGGAAUCAUUAAUCCAAAUGUUACCGCAUUCAUUGGAAAUGGUGUGGUAAUUCAUCUGCCUGGAUUGUUUGAAGAAGUAGAGAAAAACGUUCAAAAAGGAAAAGGUCUAGAAGGCUGGGAAAAAAGACUUGUUAUAUCUGACAGAGCUCAUAUUGUAUUUGAUUUUCAUCAAGCAGCUGAUGGGAUCCAGGAACAACAAAGACAAGAACAAGCAGGAAAAAAUUUGGGUACCACAAAAAAGGGCAUUGGCCCAGUUUAUUCUUCCAAAGCUGCUCGAAGUGGACUUCGGAUGUGUGAUCUUAUGUCUGACUUCAGUGGCUUCUCUGAGAGGUUCAAACUUCUGGCUAACCAGUAUAAAUCUAUAUAUCCUACUUUGGAAGUAGACAUUGAAGGUGAAUUACAGAAACUCAAGGGUUAUAUGGAAAGGAUUAAACCAAUGGUGAGAGAUGGAGUUUAUUUCCUAUAUGAGGCCCUACAUGGACCACCAAAGAAAAUCUUGGUAGAAGGUGCAAAUGCAGCACUAUUAGAUAUUGAUUUUGGGACUUACCCUUUCGUAACUUCGUCAAACUGUACGGUUGGAGGUGUUUGUACGGGUUUGGGUAUGCCACCUCAGAACGUUGGAGAAGUGUAUGGAGUAGUGAAGGCUUAUACCACUAGAGUUGGUAUUGGCGCCUUCCCUACAGAACAGGACAAUGAAAUCGGAGAAUUAUUACAAACAAGGGGUAUGGAGUUUGGUGUCACUACUGGAAGGAAAAGAAGAUGUGGUUGGCUGGACCUAGUUUCAAUCAAAUACGCUCAUAUGAUCAAUGGAUUUACUGCGUUGGCCCUUACCAAGUUGGACAUUUUGGACAUGUUUACAGAAAUCAAAGUUGGAGUGGCUUACAAGUUAGAUGGUGAAAUCAUACCUCAUUUUCCAGCAAACCAUGAUGUCUUAAAUAAAGUUGAGGUCCAAUACAAGACUCUCCCAGGAUGGAACACAGACAUAUCGAAUGCACGGACGUUUAAAGAACUACCUGUAAAUGCGCAGCGUUAUGUUCGCUUCGUUGAAGAUGAGCUUCAGAUUCCAGUGAAAUGGAUUGGUGUAGGUAAAUCCAGAGAGUCUAUGAUUCAACUCUUUUAAGGAUGGCCAGGG